CGUGUUAAAUAACAGUGGCUUUUAAGGGAGAAGAAAUAAUAUAAUACAAUAUCUUAUGUUAAGAGUAUUCUAAUGCCUUAACGUAAAAGGCAGGCAUCAGAUGCCCCAAGAAUUAUCCCAAACUUGCUUCUUCCCCUUUCUUACAAACCAUCUUUUUCUUCAUCAAUAGAUCAACGGGUUCUGUUCUUCAUCAUUUGCCAAACGCAUAAGCCAUUAAAAAAAAAAAAAAGGCGAGAUUUUUUUCCGGUAAGAGAUGGCGAGGAAAGAUCGUAGAUUGUUUCGAACCCUCGACAUUUGCAGACAGCUAUACGAUUUCUUGGUGAAACUUAUAGCAAAACAAGCCCUGAAAACGGUGUCGCUGGGCCAUCAAGUGCCACGUGGAGAGGUCGGACUAGCCAUUGGUCCUAAAGGUGGACCGUCUCGUGAUGAUCUAAGCUCUGAUACCAAAUGUAACGAAUCACAAAUAAUAGAAAAUGGAAGAAAAUUAGGGUCGGGCGGGUUGGAAGGAAAAGAUCUAAGGAAGAACGUGAGCAUAAAGGACGAAGUCGAGAACAUACCGAUAAGUAAGAGGAGAAUCAAGAGGAAGAACUCGACCGAGAGGUUCAGCUCGUUUGAGCACGAGGAUAUGUCUCCGAAGCCUUUGAGACCAAUUCUGAAGCAGGAUUCCGAUCUUAAGUAAGAUUGUAUGUGCGUCAAUAUGAUCGAACUAAUUUUAUAUGCAAUUAAGAAAAACGUUACGUACACAUCAUGUUUUCGAAUUGAUUGGAAGUUAAUCGAUUGAAUAUUUCUUUUUAUAAGAAAUCGGUUGAAUAUUGUAUACAAUUGGUUGAU